CUAGUGGUAUCACUAUCAGUCAAAUUGGGCUAACUCCUGAGAAAUCCAGGGAGCUAAGGUUGAUGCUUGAUACUUGGUGGACGCAGUCCACCCUUCUCAUCAUGCACCGGAGAUGCUCAUCACGUACGUCGUUUGAGCUAGAAACUCAAUUAACAUUAUAUUAUAUUAUAUAUAUGGUUAAAACAUGAAGAAGCUCUCUUUCUCGUUUGUCGUUCUUGCUUUUCUGAUCGUUUCUCCGGUGGUUGCGGUUGCUCUGCCGCUCUACACCAAUUCACGGUGGAUCGUCGAUGAAGAUGGGCAACGAGUGAAGUUGGCGUGCGUGAAUUGGGCAUCGCACCUCGAAGCCAUGGUGGCGGAGGGCCUGAGCAAACGGCCUUUGGACGUGAUAUCCAAGAGGAUUGUAUCAAUGGGAUUCAAUUGUGUGAGGCUAACUUGGCCUUUGUUCUUGGCCACCAACGACUCGUUAGCUUCAGUUACCGUCCGACAGUCGUUCAGGAGCCUCGGUCUUUCUGAGACUAUUGUAGGCAUCCAAGUCAAUAAUCCAUCUCUGGUUGAUCUUCCACUUAUCCAAGCAUAUCAGGCGGUGGUAUCAAACCUUGGGGAGAACAAUUUGAUGGUGAUAUUAGACAACCACAUAAGCAAGCCGGGUUGGUGUUGCAGCAGCUUUGACGGCAAUGGUUUCUUUGGUGACAAAUACUUUGAUCCAGGCGUUUGGAUUAAGGGAUUAACCUCGAUGGCCACCAUGUUUAAUGCUACACCCAAUGUCGUUGGUAUGAGUUUAAGGAAUGAACUCAGAGGCAACAAGCAGAACGUCAAGGAUUGGUACAGAUACAUGCAACAAGGAGGCGAAGCGGUGCACUCAGCCAACCCCGACGUUCUCGUUAUACUGUCCGGCCUAAAUUACGACAAGGAUUUCAGUUUCCUGGCCAAGCAACCACUGAACUUAACAUUUUCCGGGAAGUUAGUGUUCGAGCUUCACUGGUAUGCAUUCUCCGACGGUAAGGCGUGGGAGACGGGCAACCCAAAUCAAGUUUGUGCAACUGUUGUGAAUAACUUGAUGAGAAAAGGAGGUUUUUUGUUGGAUCGAGGCUGGCCACUGUUUAUCAGUGAGUUUGGUGUGGAUCAGAGAGGCACCAAUGUAAAUGACAAUAGGUUCUUGAAUUGCUUUCUUGGUGUUGCAGCCCAAUUGGAUUGGGAUUGGGCGCUGUGGACACUGGUUGGGAGGUACUAUCUGAGACAGGGGGUGGUGGGGAUGGAUGAGACUUAUGGGGUGCUGAGUUGGGACUGGAAUAACAUCCGUAAUUCAACCUUCGUUCAACAGAUCUCUGCGCUCCAAUCUCCCUUCCAAGGUCCAGGUCUUUCUUCAGAGGUGACGCCACACAAAGUAAUAUUCCACCCAUCAACUGGCCUUUGUGUGGUAAGGAAAUCUCUAAUGAUGGAGCUAUUAAAGCUAGGUUCUUGUACUGAAUCUGAAGCCUGGAGCUAUACACCUGAGAAAACUUUAUCUCUCAAGGACACAAACUUGUGUUUACAAGCUGAUGAAUUGGGAGAGGCAGCCAAGCUUGGGAUCAUCUGCAGUGACUUGAGUUCGAGAUGGGAUAUGAUAUCGGACUCGAAGAUGCACAUUUCAUCUAAUCUUACAAAUGGUAGCACCGUGUGCAUCGACGUCGACUCUAACACUAACACCAUCAUCACUAGCCAAUGCAAAUGCUUAACCAAAGAUCAUACGUGUGACCCUUCUGGCCAAUGGUUCAUUAUCGUUAAUAGCACAAGAAGUACAACGGCUACAAAAUUCUCAUUGACCACCGUGAAUCGAAAGAGUUCCAUUGUGAAACACAAUCAACUUCAAUUAAAGAGUUUAACAAAGGGUGGCGGAAGAAGCAGUCUGUGGCCAUUUACAUUUACUGAGCCAAUUACGAACCUUGACAACAUAUGACGUUUGAUUGAUUAAUUAAUAUAUAUUAUAUUUGUAUAUUAGAUUACCUCUGUUAAUUGUUACCUUACCUGCUGCAUGGUCUAUAAGUAUUAAUCAAAGAAAAAUUA